CUACAGCUCCCAGGAUGCCGAGCGCGGCGGCGCCUGCGCAGUACACCCGGAGGCGGCGGUCUGUUCUCCGCCGAGGAGGAGCGGGGCAGAGGAGGGAGGCAGCGGGUGAGAGUUCAGAGUUCAGCAGCAGCAGCCCGAGCCCAUGAUUCCCAUAUGCCCUGUAGUUUCUUUCACCUAUGUGCCCAGCCGGCUGGGGGAAGAUGCCAAAAUGGCGACCGGCAACUACUUUGGAUUCACCCACAGCGGGGCGGCGGCGGCGGCGGCUGCGGCCCAAUAUAGCCAGCAACCAGCUUCUGGUGUAGCCUAUUCUCAUCCAACUACAGUUGCUAGCUACACCGUUCAUCAGGCUCCAGUAGCUGCUCACACAGUUACUGCUGCCUAUGCACCAGCAGCCGCCACAGUUGCAGUUGCCAGGCCUGCUCCAGUAGCGGUUGCAGCUGCUGCAACAGCUGCUGCUUAUGGAGGCUACCCCACUGCACACACAGCAACUGACUAUGGUUAUACCCAGAGGCAGCAAGAAGCACCACCCCCACCACCCCCAGCUACUACACAAAAUUACCAGGACUCAUACUCAUAUGUAAGAUCCACAGCCCCUGCUGUAGCUUAUGAUAGUAAGCAGUACUACCAACAACCAACAGCAACUGCUGCUGCUGUAGCUGCCGCUGCCCAGCCUCAGCCUUCUGUUGCUGAAACCUACUAUCAGACAGCCCCUAAAGCAGGUUAUAGUCAAGGUGCAACUCAGUAUACUCAAGCUCAGCAGACUCGACAAGUGACAGCCAUAAAACCAGCCACACCAAGUCCAGCUACCACUACUUUCUCCAUUUAUCCUGUAUCCUCCACGGUACAGCCAGUAGCAGCUGCGGCCACUGUGGUGCCAUCCUAUACCCAGAGUGCUACUUACAGUACCACAGCGGUUACUUAUUCUGGUACAUCUUAUUCAGGUUACGAAGCAGCAGUGUAUUCAGCUGCAUCCUCCUACUACCAACAGCAACAGCAGCAACAGAAGCAGGCAGCAGCGGCAGCAGCUGCUGCUGCUGCAACAGCUGCCUGGACAGGGACCACCUUUACUAAAAAAGCACCAUUCCAAAAUAAACAACUGAAACCAAAACAGCCUCCCAAACCACCCCAGAUUCACUAUUGUGAUGUUUGUAAGAUCAGCUGUGCUGGACCACAGACUUACAAAGAACAUUUAGAAGGACAGAAACAUAAAAAAAAGGAAGCUGCAUUGAAAGCCUCACAAAAUACCAGCAGCAGCAACAACUCUACUCGUGGGACUCAAAAUCAGCUACGUUGUGAGCUCUGUGAUGUGUCUUGUACAGGAGCAGAUGCAUAUGCUGCCCACAUUCGUGGUGCUAAGCAUCAGAAAGUGGUUAAAUUACACACAAAACUUGGUAAACCCAUUCCUUCAACAGAACCAAACGUUGUUAGCCAAGCUGCUGCUUCAACAGCUGUAUCUGCUUCAAAACCAACUGCCUCUACUUCAAGCAUUGCAGCAAGCAAUUGUACUGUGAAUACUUCAUCAAUUGCAACUUCUUCAGUGAAAAGCUUAACAACUACAGGGAACUCGUCUCUUAAUAUCACAGCCAAUAGUAAAGUGUCUGCACUGCCUACAAAUAUGGCUGCCAAGAAAACAUCUACACCCAAAAUAAACUUUGUUGGUGGUAAUAAGCUGCAGUCUACAGGAAAUAAAACAGAGGACUUAAAAGGAACUGAAUGUGUUAAAAGUACUCCUGUCACUUCUGCUGUGCAGAUGCCAGAAGUAAAACCAGACACAGUAUCUGAACCAGUCACACCUGCAUCCCUGGCUGCUUUGCAAAGUGAUGUGCAGCCAGUGGGCCAUGACUAUGUGGAGGAGGUACGAAAUGAUGAAGGAAAAGUAAUUCGGUUCCAUUGUAAAUUAUGCGAGUGCAGCUUUAAUGAUCCCAAUGCUAAGGAAAUGCACUUAAAAGGACGAAGACACAGACUUCAGUAUAAAAAAAAAGUAAAUCCAGAUUUGCAAGUAGAAGUGAAGCCCAGUAUUCGAGCCAGAAAGAUUCAGGAAGAGAAAAUGAGGAAGCAGAUGCAGAAGGAGGAGUAUUGGCGAAGACGAGAAGAAGAAGAACGCUGGAGAAUGGAAAUGAGACGUUAUGAGGAGGAUAUGUAUUGGAGAAGAAUGGAGGAGGAACAGCAUCACUGGGACGAUCGCCGCCGAAUGCCUGAUGGAGGCUAUCCUCAUGGUCCUCCAGGCCCCCUAGGCCUUCUUGGAGUCCGACCAGGCAUGCCUCCUCAGCCGCAGGGGCCUGCACCCUUGCGUCGUCCUGACUCUUCUGAUGACCGUUACGUAAUGACAAAGCAUGCAACCAUUUAUCCAACUGAAGAGGAGUUACAGGCAGUUCAGAAAAUUGUUUCUAUCACUGAGCGUGCCUUAAAACUUGUCUCAGACAGUUUGUCUGAACACGAGAAAAGCAAGAACAAAGAAGGAGAUGACAAAAAAGAGGGCGGUAAAGACAGAGCUUUGAAAGGAGUUUUGCGAGUGGGAGUAUUGGCAAAAGGAUUACUUCUCCGAGGAGAUAGAAAUGUCAACCUUGUUUUGCUGUGCUCAGAGAAACCUUCAAAGACAUUAUUAAGCCAUAUUGCAGAAAACCUACCCAAACAGCUUGCUGUUAUAAGUCCUGAGAAGUAUGAUAUAAAAUGUGCUGUAUCUGAAGCGGCAAUAAUUUUGAAUUCAUGUGUGGAACCCAAAAUGCAAGUUACUAUCACCCUGACAUCUCCAAUUAUUCGAGAAGAGAACAUGAGGGAAGGAGAUGUAACCUCGGGUAUGGUGAAAGACCCACCGGACGUCUUGGACAGGCAAAAAUGCCUUGACGCUCUGGCUGCUCUACGCCACGCUAAGUGGUUCCAGGGAUUUUUUUCAGUAUUUCUGAGAGUAAUUCACUUGAUGUUUAUGUUGCUCUCAAGGCUAGAGCUAAUGGGCUGCAGUCCUGUGUGAUUAUCAUACGCAUUCUCCGGGACCUCUGUCAGCGAGUUCCAACUUGGUCUGAUUUUCCAAGCUGGGUGAGUAGUAUGUAACUGUGUGGUGUGAAACAAACAUUUAGGAAAUAUCUCUGAAGUUAUAUUUUUAUCCUUAAGCUUACAUUUAAUUAUCAUUUUUAUUUUUAUAUUCUAAAUAAAGUCUCUUCUAGUGAGAAAUCCUAGGCGUUUCAGAGUUGUUUAGUUUAAAUUUUUCAGAGUUUACUAAUUAAAGAAUUGUAUUUGAUGUUUCUUUUUGUAUUUUCCUUUUUUGUUAUUGCUCUUCUCCCAGUGUUUGUUAAUUUUUUAAAAAAUAAUACAGUAAUAAGUUUUCUUUCACAUACAUAUAGAAGUACAAAGAAGACUGACAUGAGCUGUUACUCUCUCCCUGCAUGAUUCUGUUGACAUUUUAAAAAAUAAUAAUGUAUUUGGGUAGGAAAUUUAAAAAUUUUUAAAUGUACAUUAUUCUAAAAUAAUGUAUAAACCUGUUACCGUCAAGUCAAUUCCAACUUAUAGUGACCCUGUAGGAAUCAUAGGGUGUCCAAGGAGCGGCUGGUGGAUUCAGACUGCUGAACUUUUGGUUAGCAGCCAAACUCUUAACCACUGUACCGCCAGGGUUUCAAAGUAAUGUGUAAGGUUAGGAAAUUCAGACAAAGCAGAAAGUUAAAAUAUGAGAAGUGAAAGCCUUCUCAUCUUUAAAGGCAAAUUAUCUUAACAGUUUGUUGUGAUUUAUUCCAGGAAAAUAAAUGCACGUAUCAUGUGUUUUUCUGUAUCUAAAGUAUCCCUUGUUGUUUGAACCUUUGUUGUUCCUGAAUAUCAAGAAUUCAGAUAGAGGGAAAUUAAUUGAAAAAUAUAAUUGAACCUAUUGGUUUCAGAGUUUAAUUAAGUGUGAGUUGUAUAGCCAGGGUGACCUUAAUUCUUUUCUUUUUUCUUGUUUUAAAUACAAGAGUGUUUACGUUAUUCAGUGUUGUUUCUUGCUUCUUUAUAACAAAAGCAUCUUGGAGCUCUUUGAGAAGAGUUAAGUCAUAUCUACCUCAUUCUCUGUAUUGACUAUAUAGUAUUCCAUUGUACAGACAAUACCGUAUUUUAUUUAACUAAUAUCCAUUCAGUGGACAUUUGAGUUGUUUGUGAUCUUUAACCAUUAAAUUUUCAUUAUACUUACGUUGUGAAGCUUUUGUAAAUAUUAUAUAUAUGGGAUAAAUUGCCAGAGUUGAAAUUCCAAGGUCAAAGACCAUAUGCAAAUUGUUUACCAGAAAGUUGGAUCAUUGAAAACUUGCAAAAACUAUUAGGCUGAUAAUUUCUUUCACACACCAGCUCUGAGAUAUUAUCCACUUCUUAAGGGUUUGCAACAUUAUAGGUAAAAAAUGGUAUCUCUUUUUUUAUUUGCAUGUCUUUGAGUGAUUAUUGGCAUUGUUUUUGUCUUAACUACCAGUUUCUCUGUUACUCAUCUUUUUUUUUUUUAAAUAAUCUGUAUUAACUCUUUCUAAAAUAAAGCAAUUAGCCCUUAUAUGUGUUGCAGGAUAUGCUGGUGAUGUAGUGGUUAAGAGCUACAGCUGCUAACCAAAAGGUCAGCAGCUCGAAUCCACCAGGCACUCCUUGGAAACUAUGAGGGGCAGUUCUACUCUGUCCUGUAGGGUCAUUGUGAGUCGGAAUCGACUCGACGGCAACGGGUUUGGUUUGGUUUUGGUAUCUGUGUUGAAAAUGUUUAUUCCAGUUUUUCAUCUGCUUUUCAACUUUGAUAAUUUUUGCUUUAUAAAUGUUUUUAAUUUUUUCAAAUUCUAAUUCAUUAAUCUUUUAUGAUUUCUGGGUUUUAUAUUCUGCUUAGAAAGACCUCACCUAUUUCAAAUUAUAUACAUUGGUUCACAGAUGCUUUUUUUCAAAGCUUAUUGUUUUCCCAUUGAUUUAUAUUUUAUAGAUGUAUAUAUGUGUAUAUUUAAGUGCAUAAGGCAAACUUCUGAAAGGAUAUACUCCCAACUCACAAUAGUGGUUAUCUUUGAGGAGUGGAAGGAAGGGAUGAUUGAGAUAGAGAUCUGUAAUGUUUAAAUUUUACCAGGACAAAAUAUGCAUAUAUUCAUUACACUUGUGGUAUAAUGAAAGAUUAAUUUAAAAAUUAAAAAUGAAUCAAAGAUUUAAUUUUGGUGUAAGGAACAAAGUUUUAAAUCCAGCUGUGACUUUUUUCCAGACAGAUAGUCGUUUAUUCCAGUAUCAUUUAAUAGUUUUUUUGAGUGAUCUCUUUUCCCUCCUUCCUGAUUUGGAACAUCAUAAUUAUCAUAAACUAGUGGUUCUCAACUGGGAGCAGUUUUGCUCUUCAGUGGACAUUUGGCAAUGUCUGGAGACAUUUUUGGUUAUCAAGACUGGGCAUCUAGUGGGCAGAGACCAGGAAUGCUGCUAAAUAUUCUAUCAUGCACAGGAAGGACCCUCACAACCGAAUUACCAGGCCCAAAAUGUUAGGGGUGCUGAGGUUGAGAAACCCUGGUACAAACCAGAUUCCCUAUUUUGUGGGCCUAUUUCUGGACUCUUCUUUCAUUGCUUGGUCUGUUUUCUUCUCUAGUACUAAACUCUUUUAAUUAUUAAACUUUCAUAAUGUAUUUUAAAGUUCUGGUUCUCUUCAUCACAUUCCCUCCUCUCCAUUCUUUACCAUCAAUUAUAAACAUAGUCUUGCACAGAAAAAAUCUUCUGGCUUUUUUUGCAUAUUUAUUUUACUAAAUGAGCUUGGCUACCAUUUUGUUGAGGUUUUCAAAAUACAUGUUCACUGAUUUUUUUUUAAGUAGAGCUACAUUAAUUUUAAGUACAGGUAGUCCCCAACUUACGACGUACUCGACUUACCAUGAACUGCACUUAGAACUGUCUGUUUUUGUUGUUGUUGCAUUUUAUUGUGCUUUAGAUGAAAGUUUACAUAACAGAUUAGUUUCCCAUUCAAUAAUUCAUACACAACUUUUUCCAUGACAUUGGUUGCUGUCCCGGGAAUGUGUCAGCACUCUCCUCAUUUCUACCCUGGCUUCCCCCCUUCCAUGCUUCCAGUUCCUCUGCCCCUCUUUGCCUUUUCAUCUUUGUUUCUGGGCAGAUGUUGCCCGUUUGGUCUCGUAUAGUUGAUUGUUCUAAGGAGCACAUUCCUUACGGCUGUUAUUGUUUAUUUUAUAGGCCAAUCUAUUAUUUGACUGAAAGGUGACCUCUGGGAGUGGCUUCAGUUCCAGAUUAAAAGGGUCUGUUAGGGCGAUAGCCUCAGGAAUGACCAUCUGUUCUGUUUUGUUGGUACAUCUUAUUGUUAGAAAUAUGUGCUAUCAAAAAAAAAAAAACCCAUUGCCA